ACCCUUUCACUUUCGCUGCAUUCUGGGAAAUGAAGGUAGCAGGAAGCUAGAUUCGUUGCUUUGAUGACCUGUUGGCUGAACAGCAUUCUUCCAUCUGGAUUGGCAGUUUUAUCAUUGUGACAUGUAACCUGAGCAGAUUAUUUGACUUCAUUCCCACUCGUGCGCACACAAAGCAGAUGAAAUAUGACCGAAAACGUGAGCGUCAUCUUCAAACUUUACUGUCUAACAGUAAUGACACUGGUGGCAGCUACAUACACAGUGGCAUUACGGUACACAAGGACCAUUUCGUCCGGGGAUCUGUACUUCUCCACCACUGCAGUAUGCAUCACCGAGGUCAUUAAAUUAAUACUGAGUUUGGGAAUGCUGGCGAAAGAAACGGGAAGCCUUGUCAGGCUCAAGAACGCCAUCGAGGAACACAUAUUUUUCAGUCCAAAAGACCUCCUGAAGCUGAGCGUGCCUUCAAUAGUGUAUGCAGUUCAGAACAAUAUGGCCUUUGUUGCUCUGAGCAACCUUGAUGCAGCUGUUUACCAGGUGACCUAUCAGCUGAAGAUCCCCUGCACUGCUUUGUGCACAGUCUUUAUGCUGAAUCGCUCUCUCAGCCGACUGCAGUGGUUCUCAGUAUUCAUGCUCUGUGGUGGCGUUACACUCGUGCAGUGGAAACCUGCAGAGGCCACUAAAGUUCAGAUUGAGCAGAAUCCCUUAAUUGGGUUUAUUGCCAUUGCUGUUGCUGUCCUCUGCUCUGGAUUUGCAGGUGUGUACUUUGAGAAGGUCUUAAAGAGCUCAGAUACAUCUCUGUGGGUAAGGAACAUCCAGAUGUACCUGUCGGGCAUCGUGGUCACCCUUAUUGGUGUUUAUAUGAACGAUGGAGAUAAGGUCCUGGAAAAAGGCUUCUUCUUUGGUUAUACACCCUGGGUGUGCUUUGUAGUAUUUCUGGCCAGUGUUGGUGGUCUUUACACAUCAGUGGUGGUGAAGUACACAGACAAUAUCAUGAAGGGCUUCUCUGCUGCAGCUGCUAUUGUUCUCUCAACCGUUGCGUCUGUCUUAUUGUUUGGACUGCAAAUAACGGCCGCGUUUGCCUCUGGAGCAAUCCUUGUGUGUACUUCAAUUUACCUGUACGGACUUCCAAAGCAGGACACAUCCAAAGUGACCAGCCAAUUCAAAGACAAAGACACCGAAUCCAAACAGAAACUGAUCACUGUGUGAGUCACAAACUCCCAGCAGAAGAUUCUCCAAUGCAGGAGAACAAGGUCUGCUUAGGACUCCUUGAUUUCUGGGGAGCUACAGGAGAUCAUGCACUGGAGAGGAUUACAGAGCCACUUUAUAAACACUGAGUUAGGUUGCCCCUAUGUGCAGUUUGACAGAAAUUAGUUUCUGUUCUUCUUUAGUGUAGAUCUCUUUCUUAUACUCACAUGGAAACAGCUGUACUAUCAGUUUCCAGUACAGCUAUUUAAAAGUAAUUUGAUGAAAUCAAUGUUUUGUGCCAGAUUUAAGCCAUCUUUCAAUAACCAGAUGUAUUGAGAGUGACCCUUGGAAGUUAGCUGCUGGUAAGGUUUGUAAAUCUAAUGCAGUCAGUGAAGUCAUGAACACAUAUUUGGUGUUAAAUGGUUUACUUUUUUUGGGGGGUUUUUUUUUUUUUUGGUUUUUUGAAGGACACAUAUCUGUUCCAUAUAAAAGAGGGUUUUCAUUUUCCAUCAGUAUUUAAUUUACUCUGUGUGUGCAGUAUGUCUUAAAUCCAAGUCACAUUUUGGUAAUUCUGACUGUAUUCAUAGGAAAACAAACCUGAAAGGAUGUUGCAUGUUUGAUCAUGUCUCUCCAAUGUCUUGUCUUUUGUAUCACGUCAGUGUUUAUUUGAAUGCUAUUUUGAAGCUUUUAUUAAAUCUGAACUAGAUUAAUUACA